ACGGGCAAGAGCCGCCAUUUUGACUGAGCAACCAUAGUGACAGGAGCCGAAGCAGCAGCGCAGGUUGUCCCCGUUUCCCCUCCCCCUUCCCUUCUCCGGUUAACUACCCGGGUCCCCUACACUCCACAGUCCCGGUCCCGUCAUGUCCCAGAAACUAGAAGAAGAGAACCCUGCGGAGGAGACCGGCGAGGAGAAGCAGGACACGCAAGAGAAAGAAGGUAUUCUCCCUGAGAGAGCUGAGGAGGCAAAGCUAAAGGCCAAAUAUCCAAGUCUAGGACAAAAACCUGGAGGCUCUGACUUCCUCAUGAAGAGACUUCAAAAAGGGCAAAAGUACUUUGACUCAGGAGACUACAACAUGGCCAAAGCCAAGAUGAAGAAUAAGCAGCUGCCGAGUGCAGGACCAGACAAGAACCUGGUGACUGGUGACCACAUCCCCACCCCACAGGAUCUGCCCCAGAGAAAGUCCUCACUCGUCACCAGCAAGCUUGCGGGUGGCCAAGUUGAAUGAUGCUGCCUGGGGCUCCGCCAGAUCCUGAGACGCUGCCCUCCUGGGUCCUGUGCUGGCUCCUGCCCCUCCCUGCUUUUGCAGCCAGGGGUCAGGAGGUGGCUUGGGCGCGGGCUGGAGAGGCAGAAGCCCCUGCCCAUUGGUGUCCCAGCACAUGGAGCCCCUUGGGCUGAGCACCAAGACCUUGAACCUUUUUUGUUUUACCUUUUUUUCCAAAUAACUGUUGAGAAAUCUCAAUGAAAUCUCAUGGGUGGGGUUGAGAGGGUGGGUGGGAGAUUUGGGAUUUAGAGUUGAUAAAAACAUUCCUGACAAUCCUCCCUCUUAACCCAGUGGCUAAUGUGGGGAGAUGUGAGGGGGAGGAAGUGGAGUAGACUAAUAAGGGGUUCUAAUUCAGCUCUGUAGACAAAUGCCUAGUGUGGAUAAAGAGGCUGUUGAUGUACACAGAGCAGAUAGGCCCUCUGGUUCUGCAGAGCAAGACUCAAUGUUAAUUGUCAUUUAAAAAAAAAAAAGUGCUUUCCUUGAAAUAGAUUUGCUAUGGAGAGAAGGGUAGUGAAUGUUGGGGAAAGGAGCCAUGAGUGUGGGGAGCCCCACUGAGCCCAGGGGACUUUUUCAGUAUUUGAAAUAAAAAACAACAAAAAAAGACCCAUGAAAAAACCUAACCCAGAAAUACUCUGAA